AUGAGCUUACGAUCGCUCCUUGUGGUGGCAUCCGCCGCAUCCCUGGUUUUGCCGGGGACCGCCGCUGGCAUGUCGUCCGAGCUCCAGAGUGUUUUGAAGAACACUCACCGCGGCGACGAAUAUAAGUACCCGACGGAUUUUACGCGCGGAAUUAUGCCAAUACCAGUGCAUUCUCACAACGAUUACUGGCGAGACAUUCCGUUCUAUACCGGUAUGACCUGUAACCUAGGCUUUCCGAACUUUGCUGAUCUCGCUCAAGGUCUCUCUAAAGGAUGCAUUUCCACAGAAGCCGAUGUCUGGCUGUAUGACGGCACUCUAUACGUUGGCCAUGACGAGUCGUCCCUGACUGAAGAGCGGACCCUGGAGUCUCUCUACAUCAACCCCAUGCUGGAUGUCCUCAAAUGGCAGAACCCCAAGACGCCCUUUGUCACAUCACCUACCAAGAACGGUGUCUUCGACACUGACCCUUCUCAAACACUGUACUUUUUCAUCGACGCAAAGACCGCAGGACGAGAGACGUUCGAAGCCGUCAUUGCGGCCCUACAGCCCCUCCGUGAUCACGGCUAUCUGACGACGCUGAAAGACAACAAGACAAUCACUUACGGUGCCGUGACCGUGAUCGGGACGGGAAACACGCCGCUUGAGAUGGUUGGGCCGGUCGCAGACCGGGACUACUUUUUCGAUGCCCACCUUGAUACUCUGGAUAACCCAGAGAACUCUGGCAUCACAUCGCUGAUCUCCCCGAUUGCGUCUACAAGCUUCACCAGCGCCAUUGGCGCAGUGAGCUGGGCCAAUGCGCCUCUAUUGGAUCAUAUCAAUGGGAUUGGUCAUAUAGUUUUCAAACUACUACUACUCGAGACAUGCGAUGUGCUUGUUGUUUCUAUGUAUAAUCACGUGAUUUACGAAAUAGGACGCGACUCCAAGGUGCUCCCCACCGAGGCCAAGGUCACCAUUCGCCAUGUCUCGUCAGCUCCGACGCCAUGCGGAGCGCUCUUCGCCGCUCCGCCGGGCGAACAGUCCGAGUCCACCUUCUGCGAAAACCACUUUCUCUCGGUGUCAGCGGCGUCAGAUGAGCACGAUGGGGCUGAGGUGAUUGUCUUUGGAAUGGAGGUGCUGGUGUACAGCACCACACACCUGACUACGAUCUUUGUCUCCAAGGCCGACUCCACCGGCUACCUGCAUGUACUCAAGCUGCCCCCGCGAGCGUCGGUCCUCCGCCGCAUCUCCGGCACCUUUCUCUCGUAUCUGGUGCAGACGCGCCAGCGGCCGGGUGUGCGACUCGUGCUGUCGCUGUUUGCGCGCGCCCAGAACCAGUACCUGUUCCCGGGGAGCAUCGAGAACCCGGAGAAACACGUCCUGGACGACCGCGGCCUGAUCAAAUGGUGGUGUCGCGCCGUCGACCCCAUUCUCCGCGAGUACGAGCCGGAGUCGGGCUCGCACGACAAGGGCGCCGCCGACCAGGCCGCCGAGUCCGCGAAGAGCUCCGCCACCGCGUUCCUGAUCGUGCCUGGGUGCGAUAAGUUCGAGACGCGCGGGUUCUUCCCGCCCUCCGCGAAGACAGACGACAAGGACCGUCCGCGCUGGGUGAAUAGCUACCCUGUGCGCCAGCUGUGCGACAACCCGAGCGCGCCACCGCGGUGCCUGAUCCCUCGGUUUCCCGAUGACCCGAAGACGCGCUUUCUGAUCGACCUCGACGAUGAGCUGCCCGAGCAGACGGAGUCGAGCGGCGCGACGGAGAACGCGGGCCAGUGGCGCAGUGUGAAGUCUUUGGAUCAGUUUUGGGAGAUGAUGUCCUUUCGCCAGGAGUGUUCGGCCGGUCGGUUAGUGGGAUUUUUAUGGCUUGUGAUUAACCCCCCAGGGCUCGUGAACUCGGUGCAGAUGACUAGCUCCAGACCGGCGCCGGCCUCGGCGGUGAAGGAGGCGCUAGGGACGGGGUCGAAUGCAGCAGAAGAGCAGAGCGUUGCGACGGAGAAGACACGCUCGACCACAGAACCCAACGACGCGCCCUUACCAGAUCAACGUGACGAGGCUUCCUCGCAGGCUCCUUCCAAGUCUCAGCAAUCUACAGAUUCCAAUGCUUUCUUCUGGCCUGAUACUGGCCGUGGACACGCGGUCCUCAGUGAGGAGGACUACAAAACCGCGAUCAAUUUCCUCCUCGAACAGGAUUUCGAUCACAAGGAAGCUGCAAUCUCCAGUACCAAGGGUUGGGGGGAGAAAGUCGCUUCUCUGGCUGACCAGCUCUGGGUCGGUCAGCAAGUGGUCGGAAGUAUGGCCAGCGCCGAGUCCGCACCUUCAACUGGAACGACUACAAAUCUGAUAGACAGCGGACUCGUGCGGAAGAGGAAGAAGGAGACCGAGGAGGGCAGCAGACAGGAAGUGGGCCAGACAAGGUCGGAUGCACAGACGCCAGAGCCCAAGCUUUCAUCGGCUGAGCCAUCGGGGAUCAAUGUCCUUCAGGCGAAUUUGAUCCGGAAAAAGAAGAAAACAUGA